AUGGUUAUCAAGGACACUGUUUCUGACUGGGUCUACAUCGUCGAAGAAGUACGCCCCAAGAAGACCCACCACGUCCACGCCGCGCGCCUCAAGGUCUACAACAACGCGUCGAAGAAGCUCUCGUCUCAACUACUUGACGCCAUCGACUUCUCAAGCAUGGUCACCGAGGUCGAUCAUUUUCAAGGCCAUCGCAUCAAUGAGGCCGGCAUCAUGGAGCUCGACACGGUCUGGCUCGGUAUCGAAGGCAGCUCGUGGAAGCCCGUCACCAUCAUGGCCGAAGACGUCUACCUCAAGUACAAGCAGUACAUGUCCAAGGCCUGCGCACAAGUUCAACCCGGAACGAUGGCGCACAACGAACUCACGGCCAUCCUCCGCGAAUUCCCGACCGAUGCGUCCAGCCAGUACGCAGCCAAGGCGGCUCGCAUGGGCCGAACACAGCGUAAUCGUCUCCAGAAGAGCAAGGCUCCCGCCAAGUCUACAACCCGUCGCGGGCGUCUUUGA